AUGUUGUUCAAGAAAAUCCAGAUCACAUUUUUCUCAACCAUCGCCUUCGCGGCACCUUUCAUUCCAAGCAACACUAUUUCUAGACGUGCAAUGACAUACGUCGAACAAGUUGGUGGAAUCGUCCCCGACGCCCUUACCAGCUGCGCAAGCGCACCAUUCCCAGCUGAAUGUGCUACCGGCCCUCAAGCCGCCAAGUUCAUCGCUGAUGCCAUCGGCGGUCAAGGUUUCUACUCCCCAGAGAUCGGAGCUCUCAUCGCCCUCAUGGGCUUUGAAACCGAGAAUUUCCAAUACAACAUCAACCAUUUCCCUGGUCGCCCAGGCCAAGGAACGCGCAACAUGCAGUCGGCAGAGUACAACUACCAGUACGCGCGAUCCUUCCCCGAACUCUCAGCACCUCUCGCAGCAAUCACAACAUCUACCGCCACGGUCGGUUUGUCUCCUGAUGUGUUAAACAAGAUCAUGGGUUUGGUGGCGGUCGAUAAGUACUCGUGGGGAAGCGCAGGAUGGUUUUUGAAGAAUGUGUGUCCUGCGAGUGUGAGAACAGCUCUCCAAACAGGCACACAGGACGGUUGGCAUGCAUACAUGGAAUGCGUGGGGGUUAAUAGUACUAACCCUGGCCGGUUGGCCUACUGGACUAGAGCCAAGACAACACUGGGAUUUUAA